CGAAUAUCGAACGAAGACUCCCAAUUAGGCGUGAAGAUAUCGUAUCGAAUUUCGGAUAAGAGGACAAUAUAAAUUAUGUUAUAGAAACGGAAAAUCGCAAAUCAAUCAAACAUGUGGUGGAUUUUGAUUUGUUCUGUGCUUUUUGGAGGUUCGCAGGGCGUUCCUGUGGAAACUGUAGAUGUAAUUAUACCUUCUGUCCCAGUCCACUUUCAAGAUAUCCCUCGCAAUGACCAAAAUCGUAUCAUAGGCGGAUGGCUGGCCACAGAAGGACAGUUCCCUUACAAGGUGAGCGUGCGAAACGUCAGCCCUGUGGGCGGAGUCAGCGCGUGUGGGGGCUCCAUAAUUCACAACGAAUGGAUUCUAACAGCAGCUCAUUGCGUGGCCAGACGCGAAUCAUUCGUGAUCCGUUUGGGAUUGACCAACCUGACCCGUCCUGAGUUAAUAAUGGAGACAGUGGAGAAGUACGUGCACCCUGACUACAAUGUCGGCUCCACCGCCGUGCAGGUUGAUGAGAUCGCUCUCCUGAAGCUGCCCCGUCGUGUGGAGUAUGGACGCGGCUAUGUCCCCGAGGUCUUGAGUUGGGUCUAUCAAUUGGGUAUCACGAACGAGGAGUGCCUUAACUGGUACCCUAACAGUCAGACCAUCAAGGACCAGACAUUGUGCGCGAAAUAUUAUAAUCAUACUUCACAAAACAUUUGUACAGGCGACAGUGGCGGACCCCUGACUAUGGAUGAUCUCGAUGGCUCACCCACUAUCGUAGGCAUCACUAACUUUGGUUACGCGCGGGGAUGCAACACACCCAAUCCGUCCGGUAAUACGUUUUUCACAGGCGUUUCUGUGAUCAGCAGACGGCACACCUGUCACGCGGCUUCCCGAACCCAUAUACCACAUAGUGCGAGAUGGAGUGACACUUACGCUGUAGAAGUCAUAACUAUACUUGUUACGACCCCUCAAACUGAAAUAGACAUACUAGACUAGACGACUUCACGGCAAAUAGGGAAGUUGUUGGCACCUCCCAAUAUACCCAUUCGGGCUUACAAUUAUAGUUUAUUGCUUAGAUGGGUGGACGAGGUGGGCUGUGAGCCACCUGGUGUUAAGCGGUUACUGGAGCCCAUAGAAAUCCAGAAUGUAAAUGCGCCACCCACCUUGAGAUAUAAGUUCUAAGGUCGCAAGUAUAGUUACAACGGCUGCCCCACCCUUCAAACCGAAACGCAUUACUGCUUCAGGACAGAAAUAGGCAGGGUGGUGGUACCUACCCGUGUGGGCUCAAAGAGGUCCUACCACCAUUAAUUACACAAAUUAUAAUUUUGCUGGUUUGAUUUUUAUUACACGAUGUUAUUCCUUCACCGUGGAAGUCGAUCGUGAACAUUUGUUGAGUACGUAUUUCAUUAGAAAAAUUAGUACCCGACCGAGAUUCGAACACCGGUGCAUCGCUCAACACGAAUGCACCGGACGUCUUAUCCUUUAGACCACGACGACUGGCUUUAGUUAGUCUACAAUUCAUCAUUUCAGGUUUCGUCCGACCAGAGUUCUACCACGACUGGCUGAAACAGGUCACCGGCAUCAACUUCGACUGGAGCGUCUUUGACAUUGUUAUCAGCUAAAGCUUCGGGAACCCCUCAACGACAACGACGACAUCUCAUCCUCACUAAUUUUAUGUACCAUUUUCACUCAUUGAUAACGCAGUAUUGAGCGAAUUUGUCCGGAAUUUAUCGAUUCAAAACUUUGGAGUGUCGUGUUGAUUAUUGUAUUAUCUUGAUGAUUAUUAGAAGAUAAACAUGCUGAUUUCAGAAUUUGUAUUUCUUAUUGGACAAUUCAAAACUUAAUUUAGAUAUUGUUUUGAUUAUUUUUAUUAUAAAAACGGCCGUCUGGUGUAGUGGUAAGUGACAUGGUCACUACACAAGGGGGUCGCGGGUUCGAAUCCCGCCAAGGGAAGACAUUUGUAUGAUAAAUAUAAAUGUCUUUCCAGGGUUAUGGGUGUAUAUUAAAUAUAUGUAUGUGUAUAAUAAAAAUAUUAUAUUUAUUUCCGUUAUCUGGUACUUGUAACACAAGUUCUUUACGAACUUAGCACGGGACCAGUUAACGUGGCGUGACUGUUAGUAUAUAUUUAUUUAUUUACUUAUUUAUUUAUAUAUAUUAUAUUAUAACAUUUCAUCUACAUUCGGAAAUGAAAGAGUCGAAAAAUCGUCGUUUCUGUAAAUGCAUUACGGUCUCAUAGAUUUGAUACAAAAAUUUCAAAAAACAGUGGUUUUAAUAAUGCAUAUUUAAUAAGUUAUGGACCUCUAUAUUUCAAACAAAAUUUCGUUUCCUUUUUAAAUUUUUUUCAAACUUCAUUUCUGCUCUGACGGUGUUUCUAUUUCUGAUAAGUAUUAUUGAUAACUAUUAUUGAUAAGUAUCAAUAAAAUAAUUAACAUUACAUUGAUUUACUGAUAUUUAUGGGUGAUUUGUUUGUUAUACAGUUGCUUAAGGGGUAAAUAAAUGUUGAAUAAAAUCAGA